UAUAUAAAAGCCAAACAUGCCACCAGCACAGCAGUUACCUGAUAACCUCGAUUAAUAAGAGAGAAGAACAAAACGUCUGCUCAUAUUUCUGCAUUAACCACGACACUGCAGUAAUGGCUUAUUAUAUCGCAUCGAUACCAGCAAACUACUGUGCCCAUCGGCAGUUACCCUACUUAGGAAGACAAAUGUGGCCGUAUUAUACGUCAGACUGGCAGGACCUGGCCCUCGCUGACGCCAUUUUAGAAGGGAUCGUCAAACGUCGUACCAGCUGCGACGAUUGGCAUGCUGGAACGUCACGAAAAUCUCCCGUCAAACGCACAGUUGCCAAACAGACCGAUACGCCCGAUGACGGGAAUUGUGAACGGGAGGCUGUGAGUGGAGAAUCUGUUACUGAAUUGGAGCAGAGCCACAUUGAACCAAACGCGAAGAACUUCACGCUGACUGUAGAUGUUGAACACUUCAGUCCCGAUGACCUGAAGGUAAAACUUUCCGAUCAUGUUCUCACGGUGACUGGCGAAUCAACGGAGACCGACACAGACGGUAAUGUGUAUAGCAUGUAUACCUUCACUCGUGAGUUCACCAUUCCGGAAGACGUUGACGUCACAUCCCUGACCUCUAAACUUACAGGGGACGGUGUGCUGAUAUUCGAGGCUCCACGACUGGCUUUGAAAGAACCAACAGAAAGACACUUGCCUAUUACAGUUGACAGAACUGACGAGCCAAAAGAGCCGACAAUGAAUGAACUGACUGAAGAAACAAAGUCAGAAAUUGAAAUGGCGCAAAUAGAAGAAUCGCUGGAACGUGUAGGAGAUAAACAAAAUGUCGUCGAUGCAGAACAUUAAUCCGAAACAGAGUGUAUUCCAUCAAUAUAAUCGGACAGUCGCGAUGAAUGUCAUCGCUCGAAUAAAUUAUUUGACUGACAAUUGUUGUCAAGCACUGUUUCGGUAUAUACUGAUACUGGAAAAUAUUUAUCCUAUAUUUUGUUCCAUAAUUUCGGUUCAUCUGCAUUUGUUUUCAUCUUGUAUGCAAUGUUUACUUUUGUGAAAAUUACUCAAUCCAUGAUUAUUUUACAGACGAAUUGAAAUUUUCCGAAUUUCCAAAUUAUUUUUGACAAUUAUUUUUUUC